GAAACGAGGCUUGACAUUCAGAAUCUCAGAAACCCCACAUGGCACCUAGGCCCAAUUUUAAAAAUUUCAUUGAAUCGUGUCUGUCUUCAUCAAGGGAGUCAGCAUUAUCACCAUAAGAGGGAUAAUAGUCCUCAUUAUACUGUGAUUAUUGGAAGUCAUAGGAAUCGUAGAUUGAAAAUUGAGGUGGAUGGGAAAACUGUGGUUGAUGAAGCAGGUCUUGGUCUUUGUUGUUCUUAAGCAUUUCAGAGUUAUUGGAUCAGUAUCUGUGAUGGGUUGAUUAGUAUUGGUAAGGGAAGAUACCCUUUUCAGAAUCUUAUGUUCCAGUGGCUAGAUUCAAAUUCAAACUGUAAUGUUCGGUAUGUCAGCCUUAGCAGUUGGGACAAACAUGUAGGAUAUAGAAAUGCGCCAAUGUGUUGCCAUUAACACAGAAUCAUAUGUUGCUCUGGGAACAAGUGGAAUGUGGUGAGUAUAAUGGAUAGGAGGAUGUAGAUGAGGAAUUGGAGGAUGAGCAGAUGGGCUAGGAGAAGUGGGGACUUGAAAAUUUUCUUGAGAAUUGGGAGUUAUCUGAUAUGUUCUUUUUUGUGGGCGAGGAGGAAAGGCCAGUCCCUACACAUAAGAUAAUUUUGCAGGCAUCUGGAAAAUUUCGCUUGUGUUCAUCUGAUGAUGAAUCUGAUGAAGAUGUCAUUCAGUUGCAGGAUGUAGCAUGUCCGAUUCUUCAUGCGCUUCUUCAAUAUGAUUUGAAAUUCCGGGAAGCUGGAGGGGGAUGUGUGGCGUUUGAUGCUUUUGCCUGCAAUGAUGUUACCGUUGUGUUUAGGGAGAAUGUACGGAGUCAGCAUUAUCACCUUAAGAGGGAUAAUAGUCCUCAUUAUACUGUGAUUAUUGGAAGUCAUAGGAAUCGUAGAUUGAAAAUUGAGGUGGAUGGGAAAACUGUGGUUGAUGAAGCAGGUCUUGGUCUUUGUUGUUCUUAAGCAUUUCAGAGUUAUUGGAUCAGUAUCUGUGAUGGGUUGAUUAGUAUUGGUAAGGGAAGAUACCCUUUUCAGAAUCUUAUGUUCCAGUGGCUAGAUUCAAAUUCAAACUGUAAUGUUCGGUAUGUCAGUCAGCCAUAGCAG